UGGUUCUGUUUCUUGCAUCAGUCAUCGGCCUGCAAAUCAGUUCCACAAUAAACUUCCCAAUAAAUGCAUCCGUAUCUUUGUGCUUCAUAAUAUUUUUCUAUCAGAUUACACUGAAAUUUAUACAUACAAUAAAAUAAAUAAAUAUGAACUCAGAUCAUACGCACAGAAGGUGGAGUCAUAUACGCAAAAUACUAGAGAGAUCUGGACCAUUUUGCCGGCCUGACUUUGAGCCGUCUCCCGAUAUCUUAGAAUUUUUAAUGGAGAAUUGCAAAGUCCUCGUGAUUGGGGCUGGUGGUCUAGGAUGUGAACUGCUAAAAAAUUUAGCUCUCAUGGGGUUUAGAAAAAUAGAUGUCAUUGAUAUGGAUACCAUCGAACUCUCAAAUCUCAACAGGCAGUUUUUGUUCCGCCACAAAGACCUGGGAUUUUCAAAAGCCGAAGUUGCCGCCAAGUUCAUAAACGAAAGGGUGCCAGGGUGCAACGUGACACCUCACUGCUGCAAGAUCCAGGAAAAAGACGAAUCAUUUUAUCGUCAGUUCCACAUUGUCGUUUGUGGACUGGACUCAAUCGUAGCCCGAAGAUGGAUCAACGGGAUGUUGAUAUCUCUGCUGCAGUAUUCGGAAAAUGAUUUAGACCAAACCUCAGUAAUUCCAAUGGUCGACGGUGGUACUGAAGGAUUCAAAGGCAAUGCCAGAGUUAUUUUGCCAGGUUUAUCUGCUUGUAUCGAAUGUACACUUGAUUUAUAUCCACCUCAAACGACGUAUCCUCUGUGUACAAUAGCCAACACUCCCAGAUUACCUGAGCACUGCAUUGAAUACGUAAAAGUUAUUCAGUGGCCCAAAGAAAAUCCCUACGACUGUGUGAUUGAUGGCGAUGAUCCUCAGCACAUCAAUUGGAUUUACGAAAAAUCAUUUGAACGCGCGACGCAAUUCGGUAUCCGCGGAGUCACUUACAGACUUGUCCAAGGUGUCGUUAAAAAUAUCAUACCCGCUGUUGCAUCAACCAACGCAACAAUAGCCGCCACCUGCGCUACUGAAGUUUUCAAAAUUGCUACCAGUUGUAGCGCAUCAUUGAAUAAUUACAUGGUGUUAAACAACACAGACGGGAUUUACACGUACACUUAUGAGGCUGAAAAGAGGACUGAUUGUCUAGGAUGCAGUGAAAUUCCACGAGAGCUUGAAGUACGUGACGGUAACAUCAAGUUGAAGGAUUUGAUUGAAAUAUUAUGCGAGCGACAUGAUCUGCAGAUGAAAGAUCCUGGAAUUACUGCGAACAUAAACGGAAAAAAUAAAACACUUUACAUGCACACUGUUGCGAGUAUCGAAGUACAGACGCGUGAAAAUUUGACUAAAACGCUGGCGGAGUUGGGAUUGAAAAGUGAUAUGGAAAUAAAUGUUGCGGAUGUAACGACUCCUAAGACUAAAAUAAUUAAAUUAAAAUUUUUGAACGACAAUGAUGUCGAGAUGGCUUGAUAUUUGUUAUAAUAAUAAUAGUUAUAUAAAAAAAAAAGUUAUUUAUAAAAGCAUUGUAAAUACUUGAACUUCCUUUUGUUACUCUUGAUUUUUAUUACGGGCAAGCUCAUUAGUAUAAAAUUAAUACAAUAUUUUCAGCAUAAAUUGACUUUAUUAUUAUUAAUUAAUAAUUAUUAUCGAACAAUUUUAUUUUCUUCGUAUUGCCAAUAACGGAAUUGAUUUAAAUAAUAAUAAAAAAUAAAAAUAAU